UUUACACCAUGACCAUCUCAACGACGUCGUUUCGUCCCCUCCUCGUAAACUCCGAAACAGACACAGACCAAGACCAAGGUACAAUCUCCAUUCUCAGCUCGAUUGUUUGAUCCCACAAACAUGGAGAUUCCUCUUUUAAGGUACCAAACGUUGUCGUUGGACCAGAUCCAACGUAGCAUUAGCUUCCCUCUGUCUUUCUCAGAUUCCAAGUUCCCAAAGCAGAGAUCUUUGUUUUCUGGGUACUCUUUUUACCUAAACAGACCAAAAUGGAAGAACCCAUUUUCCAGAAUCCGGUGUUGUUCAUAUGUAGAGCAACAGCUGAAGCCUCGGCCCAGGCCCAUUCCCGCCGAAGUCGAAGUUGAGGAGAUAAAGGCGCCGCCUUUGGCGCAAGAAGAGGCUCAGAUUGCAAUACCCAGUUCUGGGAUUUGUAGUCAGAUUGAGAAGUUGGUUUUGUACAAGAGGUAUAGGGAAGCGCUUGAAAUGUUUGAGUUUUUGGAAUCUAAAGGUGGGUAUGAAGUUGGUGGUAGUACUUAUGAUGCUUUGGUGAGUGCUUGUAUUAGCUUGAGAUCGAUUAGAGGAGUGAAGAGGGUGUUUGGUUAUAUGAUUAGUAAUGGGUUUGAGUUGGAUCAGUAUAUGAGGAACAGGGUUUUGCUUAUGCACGUGAAAUGUGGGAUGAUGAUUGAUGCACGCCAGCUGUUUGGGGAAAUGCCUGAGAGGAAUUCGGUUUCGUGGAACACGAUAAUUGGGGGUCUGGUGGAUUGUGGGGAGUUUGUGGAGGCUUUCGGGUUGUUUUUGGAUAUGUGGGAGGAGAUUUGUGACGGGGAGUCGAGGGUGUUUGCCACAAUGAUAAGGGCUGCGGCUGGUUUGGGGGACAUUUCUGCAGGGAGGGAGUUGCAUUCGUGUUGCGUGAAGAUGGGUGUGACUGCUGAUAUUUUUGUGUCUUGUGCAUUGAUUGAUAUGUAUAGCAAGUGUGGGAGUAUUGAAGAUGCUCACUGUGUUUUUGAUGAGAUGCCGAAGAAGACAACUGUGGGGUGGAACACCAUCAUAGCAGGGUAUGCGCUUCAUGGUUAUAGUGAUGAGGCUUUGAGUAUGUACUAUGAUAUGCGUGAUUCUGGUGUGCCGAUGGAUCAUUUUACGUUUUCCAUGAUUAUAAGAAUCUGUGCCAGGUUGGCUUCAUUAGAACAUGCUAAGCAAGCUCAUGCAGGUCUAGUUCGUCAUGGUUUUGGGUUGGACAUAGUGGCAAACACAUCACUGGUGGACUUCUAUAGCAAGUGGGGAAGGAUAGAAGAUGCACGUCAUGUCUUUGACCAGAUGCCUAACAAGAAUGUCAUAUCUUGGAAUGCCUUGAUUGCUGGAUAUGGUAAUCAUGGUCGGGGUGAUGAGGCUGUUGAGAUGUUUGAGAAGAUGCUUGAGGAAAGAAUGGUACCCAAUCACGUUACAUUUCUUGCUGUAUUGUCUGCUUGCAGCCGUUCAGGUUUAUCAGAACGUGGAUGGGAAAUUUUUGAAUCAAUGAGCAGAGAUUACAAGGUUAAACCCCGUGCUAUGCAUUAUGCCUGUAUGAUUGAACUGCUUGGACAGGAGGGGAACUUAGAUGAAGCCUUUGCACUAAUAAGAGCCGCUCCCUUUAAGCCUACAGCAAACAUGUGGGCUGCUCUGCUGACAGCUUGUCGAAUCAAUGAAAAUUUAGAGCUUGGCAAAAUUGCCGCCAAAGAGCUCUAUGGAAUGGAGCCUCAGAAGCUAAGUAAUUAUGUUGUGCUCCUAAAUAUAUACAACAGUUGUGGAAAGUUGAAGGAAGCUGCUGCUGUUGUUCAGACUCUAAGAAGGAAGGGUUUGAGAAUGCUUCCGGCAUGCAGUUGGAUUGAAAUUAAGAAACAGGUACAUAUUUUUCAUUCCGGAGAUGAAAGGCAUGCCCAAACAAGAGAGAUUUAUGAGACAGUGGACGACUUGAUGGUCAAGAUUAGAAGACGUGGUUACAUCCGUGAUGAGAAGCAUCUUCUUCCUGAUGUGGAUGAACACGAGCGCAUCUCAGCUUACCACAGUGAGAAACUGGCGAUAGCUUAUGGAUUGAUCAGUACAUCAGAUGGGACGCCACUGCAAAUUGUGCAAGGACAUCGCAUCUGCCCGGACUGCCAUUCUGCAAUCAAGUUAAUUGCUAAGGUGACUGAACGAGAAAUUGUCGUGAGGGACGCCAGCAGAUUCCACCACUUCAAGAAUGGGAGUUGUUCUUGUGGGAAUUACUGGUAAUGGCUUAGUUACUUGUAGCGUUAUACUAUUUAUUGUAAACAUACCAAUACGGUCAGUUAAUAACAAGUCAUUUUACUGG